GUUGUCAUCUGUCAAAACAUGGCCAGGCGAAAACAUGUGAACAGAGAAAUUUUAGAGGAUCAUCUGGACUAUGAAGAUGAAGAAGACAUAUGUGAUAGUACCUAUUUCGAGACAAACGUGUUUAACUCCAUCAUUCGCAGAGAUGUCUCACAGCUAAGAAACUUGCUUGAUAAAGGCGCACAUCUAGAUAUCACAAACAAGUACGGAGAGAGCCCGCUUCAUGUUGCAGUCAACCAGGAUGAAAAUGAAGAUUCUGUUAGCAUAGUGGACUUGCUUCUGUAUUUUGGUUGCUCCCUGACCAUAAGGGAUCGGUUUGGCCAGAUUCCCUUGCACAUUGCAGUGAAGACGAGUCCAGUGUAUGUAGAGAAACUUCUCAUUGCUGGCUCACCUGUCAACGUUUUGGACAAUGCUGGUCGUCCCCCUCUGAUGCUUGCUUGUGGUGUAGACAACGACACAGUGCUCUCUGCAGUACAUUUGUUACUGGACGCUGGUGCAGAUGUCCACGCCACUGACAGGGAUUUGCAAACUGCUCUGCACUACACAUGUUCUCAGUUAAAGGAGACAACACUACUGAAGGCAGAGCUCAUCUAUAAACUGCUCUAUGCUGGGAUUAAUGUCAAUGCUACUGACAUUCAUGGCAGGACGGCAGCAAUAGAUGUGGUACAGUCUGUGCCAGAACAGAAUUAUGAAAACCUCCUAGCCAUGAGAAUAUUAGCACGCGGAGGGGCGAACUAUGUUGAAAAUCAUAUAGAAUUGUUGAAGAACAUCUAUGAACGUGGCUCUGUCUGGUUGCCACCAAAGUUCUGUCUUCAAGCACUAAAUAUAUUUAUUUCUAUUACACCUUCAUCUGUUUAUAGAACUCUGCUUAAGUGUAUUAAUAUGGUUAGGACAUCUAUUGUGGGACUCAGUUAUGAAGAUAUAAGGAAGUUUUGUCUGGAAGGUCAAAAGAACCUGACUGAGGUGAAAUCUCUGAAAUCUCUGGCGAGAAUCACUGUACGGGGUUGCUUAAAAGGAAAAGUGUUGUAUUUGGUUUGCAAGUUAGAACUGCCUAAAGAAUUGGAAGAGUAUUUGACCUACCCUGAAUGUUUAAAUGUUAGCGAAUUGCUUCAAAAUAAAUAAAAGAUAUUGCUACCUU